AUGGUGUCCUCAGAGAGCGCAACGCGUGAAGUACACCCAGUCUUCGCGGCAGCCUUCCCGGACGGAGACGUGACACUCCUCUCCAACGAUGAUGUCCUCUUCCCAAUCUCAUCAAGCACGCUCAGUCGCGCCUCUCCAUGGUUCCGAACCAUGCUAGGCCUCCCACAAAACUCACCAGAGACCAGCGGGGUGGAGUCUGUCAUCCCUGUGAGCGAGAGCUCCGAAGUUCUCCUGGGCUUGUUGUCCAUGAUCAGCAGCAUCUCCCUACCCACUCUUGACAACGUAGACUCUAUCGAACCCCUCCUCCAUGCCGCGGAGAAGUACGAGAUGACCAUGCCCAUCGCGAUAAUCCGCAUCGCCUUGCGGACGCUUGUCGACAAAUCUCCCAUUCGAGUUUACGACAUGGCGUGUCGAAUGUCUUGGGAAGAGGAAGCAAAGGCAGCCGCGUCGUGCACCCUAAGGAUGGAUAUUUUGUCGGAGAAUACCGCGACAGAACUCGCACGUCUUGAAGGACCUCACCUCAUGAAGCUGUUGAUGCUGCAUGAGCGCAGGAGAAAGUUGGUUGCGGCGGCCUUAGCGGACUCAGACCUGUUCAACGCUGGCAACAAACCUGGUCGACGGUGUUGCGAUGAGCUGGAGGAUCACACGGACUGGUGGGCGCUCAAAGUAGCGUGGCUCACAAAACCAUGGAACUUUGUUUGUCUCGGUCGAGAAGGGGAUGAGACAACCGCUGUUCCAUCGGAGGUAGAACUGAUGCUGGAAGGCAAGUGCCCGAAAUGCAGCCGUAACUUCUAUCAGAAGACCUGUACCUUGGAAAACCUCAGGGGAGUUGCACGAAGUCUCCCCCAAACUAUCGAGGUAUGA